AUGGAACAUCAAAUGGAGCGGCAGUUAGCCAAAAUGAAAUUGCAAGAAGAAGAACUGAAACGUCGGAUUGCCAUUUUAGUCGCAGAAGGAGAAAUUGAAAAGGCUAAAGUCAUUGAUGAUCUCUUCGAGGCAUCUGAAAGUUCUAAGCAUAGUAUCAAGUCAGAGUUAAAGCUGGUGAACACAGAGGAAGCAUCUCACUCUUAUCCUACUACGAGACAUGCUGAAUUGUACACCAAAUGCGACCCCAAAAAUGUUGGCACAAAUUAUCCGAAACCAGCGCUGGAUUUGAAAACUCAAUCCUGGGACCCAGGUCCCUCUCACAGCCUCAGCAGUGGUGAAAACCUGGCGGUUUUGCAACAGUUACAGCAAAUGAUGAAGCAGCAACAAGAGGCUCUGCAAGUGAUGGCUGUCUCGAUUCAACAAGGAUUUGAAAUGCCCAAAAGAGAGCUGUUAACCUUUGAUGGUAAUCCUCUAAACUACUGGUUGUUCGUGAACAACUUCGAGGUCAAUAUCGCCAAGAGAGUACCUGACGCUGAGUCGAGGCUUGUGUACCUUAUAAAACAUUGUUCUGGAAAGGCUAGAGAGGCCAUUAUGAACUGUGCCAUAAUUUCCGAUCCAAACGCAGGAUACAGGAAAGCCCAGGGGAUCUUGUAUCAUUGA